CGUAGCCCUGCCCCCCAGGGAGGGUGGAGCCACACCCCAAGCCCCGCCCCUGCCCCCCACCACUAUAAAGAGUCGCGCGCAGCCACGCGCCGCCUUCUUUCUCUCCCCUCGUCACAACUCUCGCGGUGUCCACAAUGGGUUUUGGGGAUCUGAAAUCUCGCUCCGGCCUCCAGGUCCUCAAUGACUUCCUGGCUGACAAGAGCUACAUCGAGGGCUACGUCCCGUCGCAGGCCGACACGGCCGUGUUCGCGAGCCUCUCCGGCCCUCCCAGCGCGGACCUGGAGCACGCCCUGCGCUGGUACCGGCACAUCCGCUCCUACGACACCAGCAGUCUGCCCGGGGUGCGCCGUCCGAUCUCCGAGCUGGGCCCCCCCGGGCCGGGGUCCGACUCAGCCCCCACCACCGGAGCCGGCAAACAGCAGCAGCAGGAGGAGGAGGAUGACGACAUUGACCUGUUCGGCUCUGACGAUGACGAGGGGGAGGAGGCACGGAAGGUGAAGGAGGAGCGUCUGGCGCAGUACGCUGCCAAGAAGUCAAAGAAGCCCACGGUGAUCGCCAAGUCCUCCAUCGUGCUGGACGUGAAGCCGUGGGACGACGAGACAGACAUGGCCCAGCUGGAGGCCGCCGUGCGCAGCGUCGCCAUGGACGGCCUCGUCUGGGGCGUCUCCAAACUCGUCCCCGUUGGUUACGGAAUCAAGAAGCUACAGAUCCAGUGUGUGGUGGAGGAUGACAAAGUGAGCGUGGACCUGCUGGAGGAGGCCAUCGUGGCGUUUGAGGAUCACGUUCAGUCGGUGGACGUCGCUGCCUUCAAUAAAAUCUAAGACGGUCGCCGGGGGUCGCCGGGGGUCGGGGGUCGACGGGGGUCAGGGGUCGCCCCGGGGGGGGGGGGGGGGGGAUGAGCAACAACUGCGACUGCCGGCACCACCACCACUACCUGUGACACCCAGAAUAAAAGUGCAAAUAGCUCAAC